AUGGAUGCUGCGGGAAGGGGCUGCCAUUUGCCGCCCCUGCCAGCGGCGCGCGGACCUGCCCGCUCCCUCGCAGCCAGCGCCGCCCGCCGGCCCGGCCUCCGCGGCAGCGGGGCCGCCUCGCCUGCCUCCCUGCGCGGCGGCGGCCGGAGCGGCGCCAUGAACCCCAGCCCCGCGGCGGGCGAGGAGCAGGGGGCGCCGGGCGGCGGCGGAAGCGGCGCCGGGAGCGGCUGCCUGGGCGCCGAGGGCGGCGCGGACCCGCGGGGCGCGGCGGCGGGCGCGGCGGGGGCCGCUGCCCCGGAGGAGCCCGCGGCCGCCGGCGCGAGAGACAAGGACGAGGCGCUGGAGGAGAAGCUGCGGAACUUAACUUUCCGGAAGCAGGUCUCUUACAGGAAAGCAAUCUCUCGGACAGGCCUGCAGCACCUGACUCCUGCUCAUCCCCUCGGUAUUCCUGUGGCAAAUGGUCCAGCGAAGGAGCCCAGAGCAACUCUGGACUGGAGUGAGAAUGCUGUGAACGGAGAGCACCUGUGGCUGGAGACCAACGUCUCGGGAGACCUGUGCUACCUGGGCGAGGAGAACUGCCAAGUCCGAUUUGCAAAAUCUGCCCUCAGGAGGAAGUGUGCAGUCUGUAAAAUCGUGGUCCACUCCGCCUGCAUUGAACAGCUAGAAAAGAUUAAUUUCAGAUGUAAACCAACAUUUCGAGAAGGGGGCUCCAGAUCACCAAGAGAAAAUUUUGUGCGCCAUCACUGGGUGCACAGGCGUCGGCAGGAGGGAAAGUGUAAGCAGUGUGGUAAGGGCUUUCAGCAGAAAUUCUCCUUCCACAGUAAAGAGAUUGUGGCUAUCAGCUGUUCCUGGUGCAAGCAGGCGUUUCACAAUAAGGUGACCUGCUUUAUGCUGCAUCAGAUUGAGGAACCCUGCUCCCUGGGGGCUCAUGCUGCCGUUAUUGUCCCGCCCACCUGGAUCAUUAAGGUGAAGAAACCGCAGAACUCGCUGAAGGCUUCCAAUCGUAAGAAGAAGAGAACGAGCUUUAAAAGAAAAGCCAGUAAAAGAGGGACUGAACAGGAAAACAAAGGUCGUCCUUUUGUGAUAAAACCUAUCUCUUCUCCUCUCAUGAAACCAUUGCUUGUGUUUGUGAACCCCAAGAGUGGAGGCAACCAGGGAACCAAAGUCCUGCAGAUGUUCAUGUGGUACCUGAAUCCACGGCAAGUCUUUGAUCUUUCUCAGGAAGGGCCGAAAGAUGCGCUUGAGUUGUACAGAAAAGUACCAAAUCUGCGAAUUCUGGCCUGUGGUGGGGAUGGAACGGUGGGCUGGAUCCUUUCUAUUCUGGAUGAACUGCAGCUGAGCCCUCAGCCUCCGGUUGGAGUCCUUCCUCUGGGGACUGGGAACGACCUGGCUCGGACUCUCAACUGGGGAGGGGGCUACACUGAUGAACCUGUUUCCAAAAUCCUCUGUCAAGUAGAAGAUGGGACAAUUGUACAGCUAGAUCGCUGGAACCUCCAUGUGGAAAGAAACCCAGACUUGCCUCCAGAAGAGCUUGAAGAUGGGGUGUGUAAGCUUCCUCUGAACGUUUUCAAUAAUUACUUCAGCCUUGGAUUUGAUGCCCACGUCACAUUGGAGUUCCAUGAAUCCCGAGAAGCAAAUCCAGAGAAAUUCAACAGUCGUUUUCGAAAUAAAAUGUUCUAUGCAGGGGCAGCGUUUUCUGAUUUCCUACAAAGAAGCUCUAGAGAUCUAUCCAAACACGUUAAAGUUGUUUGUGAUGGAACAGAUCUCACCCCAAAGAUUCAGGAACUGAAGUUCCAGUGUAUAGUAUUUUUAAAUAUACCCAGAUAUUGUGCUGGCACAAUGCCCUGGGGGAACCCAGGGGAUCACCAUGAUUUUGAACCUCAGCGUCAUGAUGAUGGCUACAUUGAAGUGAUUGGAUUCACCAUGGCCUCUUUGGCUGCCCUGCAAGUCGGGGGCCACGGGGAAAGGCUGCACCAAUGCCGGGAGGUCAUGCUGUUGACUUAUAAAUCCAUCCCCAUGCAAGUGGAUGGGGAGCCCUGCAGGCUGGCCCCCGCGAUGAUCCGGAUCUCCUUGAGGAAUCAGGCCAACAUGGUGCAGAAGAGCAAGAGGAGAACGUCCAUGCCUUUGCUCAAUGAUCCCCAGUCUAUCCCAGACCGCCUGAGGAUCCGCGUGAACAAAGUCAGUUUGCAAGACUAUGAAGGGUUCCACUAUGACAAAGAGAAGCUCCGAGAAGCUUCUAUUCCUCUGGGUAUUCUAGUUGUGCAUGGAGACUGUGACUUGGAGACUUGCCGUAUGUACAUAGAUCGCCUACAGGAGGACCUGCAAUCAGUUUCUUCUGGCUCCCACAGAGUUCAUUACCAGGACCAAGAAACCUCCUUCCCCAGGGCACUCUCAGCUCAGAGACUCUCCCCACGGUGGUGCUUUCUAGAUGCAACUUCUGCUGAUCGCUUUUAUCGAAUAGACAGAUCUCAGGAACAUUUGCACUUUGUGAUGGAGAUUUCUCAAGAUGAGGUUUUUAUUCUGGACCCAGACAUGGCAUUGUCACAGCAGGCAGGGACACCGCCAGGAAUGCCUGACCUGGUGGUGGAGCAAGCUUCAGGGAUGUCAGACUGGUGGAAUCCUUCGCUACGGAGACGCAUGCUGAGCGACAGCGGUUUGGGAAUGAUAACUCCGCGUUUCGAGGACUCCGAUAUGAAAGAUCUCAGCCACUCCCAUGCACUACAGUCACCAGUCUCUUCAGAAGAUCACGCAAUUUUGCAGGCAGUAAUUGCUGGUGAUCUUAUGAAGCUAAUAGAAAGCUAUAAAAAUGGAGGCAGUCUGCUAAUUCAGGGACCAGACCACUGUUCACUCCUUCACCACGCAGCUAAAACCGGCAACGGGGAAAUUGUGAAAUAUAUCCUUGAUCAUGGACCUUCUGAGUUAUUGGAUAUGGCAGACAGAGAAACGGGUGAGACUGCCCUGCACAAGGCUGCCUGCCAGCGGAACCGGGCCGUGUGCCAGCUUCUGGUGGACGCUGGAGCAUCUCUGAGAAAGACGGACUCCAAGGGUAAGACACCUCAAGACAGAGCUCAGCAGGCGGGGGACCCUGAUUUGGCUGCUUACCUAGAAAGCCGUCAGAACUAUAAGAUCAUUGGCCAUGAGGACCUGGAAACCACUGUCUGA